AUGGCGCCCUCCGAGUACGAGGCGAAAAAGCGGCGCACGCGCAGCGACUACGGCUAUCACCAAGUCCACCAGACAAGAUGGUUCGACAAUGACAUGUACGCGCACCUCAACAACACCGUGUACACAGCCUUGUUCGACACCAUCGCCAACACGUACCUGAUCAAGGAAUGCGGCAUGGAUCCCUUCAGCGUCAACAACCCCACCGAGAAAGCCAACAAUGGACCCCAGGACCAGUCUGCGGCUGGGGCAGACCAGAUUGGGCUCAUCGUCUCCACACAUGUCGACUUCUUUGCGUCUGUCAGGUUCCCGGACACCCUGGAAGUGGGUCUGCGCGUGGUGAAGCUGGGAUCGUCCAGCGUGACGUGGGAAAUUGGCGUGUUUCGGCAGGGUGAGGAGGCUGUCAAGAUGGUUGGGAAUUAUACGCAUGUUUUUGUGUUGCGGGAGACGAUGCGCGUUGGGAAAGGGGGUAUGGAGGAUCGCGUGCGGCGGGGGUUGGAGAAGUUGCUUGUUGGGCCGGAUUCGAAGCUCUGA